AUGAUCGGGUCGCGUAGGGAAAAAAAGAACUAUAAGGUGACUUUUUCCCAGGAAGAACUGAGAAAGCGGUUGACACCCUUGCAGUACCAUGUUACUCAGGAGAAAGGAACUGAAAGUGCCUUUGAAGGAGAAUAUACAUAUAAUAAAGCCCACGGAAUAUACAAAUGUGUUGUUUGUGGAAGUCCUUUAUUCAAAUCUGAAAAAAAGUUUGACUCCAAUUCAGGUUGGCCUUCAUUCUAUGAUGUAAUCAAUUCUGACACAAUUACAUGUACUGAUGACUACUCAUUUGGGAUGCACAGGGUUGAGACAAGCUGCACUCAGUGUGGUGCUCAUCUUGGCCAUAUAUUUGAUGAUGGGCCACAUCCAACUGGAAAACGAUAUUGCAUAAAUUCAGCUUCAUUAGCUUUUGAGCCUGCAGACAAGAAUCAUGCUGGAGAAGACAAUACUAGUUCUACAUCUGCACAACCAGAUAAGACAGAGCUGUAAUGGGAAUCUAUUUUUUAAGAUUGUUUUCCUAGACGACAUGGAAAGAAUAUUUCUAAAUGGUUUUCUAUCUUACAUACUAUUUUUUAAAAAACAUACAAAGAUGCUCUGCAGUAUAUAGUUUUUUUCCUGAUCAAAAUGAGACAUGCUAAUUCCUUUUCUUAUAUAACUACACAUAACUAUUUCACAACUUCUAUGCUUUGAAGCAGUCCCAUAACAAGGUGUCUUUUGACACUAUGAUAUUGAUUACUUACAUUUUUCUUAUAAUAGGUCUGAAUUAUAUUCCUUCAUAUUUUUCAUUCAGUACACAACCAUAGCAAGAAAACAGUUUUCUAAUGGUACUUAGGCAAUUUUGUUUUGAUUUACAUAUAUACUCAACUAAUUCUCUGUAAUUAUUGUACCAUUCCAUAAAUGAGGCUGUAUAAUUUAAU